AUGGAAAGUCCAGUGGAUCCGGCGACCAGUUCUCGCUGGCCGCCGCUCAAGGUCAAUGUAUGUAGGGUAGCUCGCCUGAUGAGGCCAUCACCACCACCGCCAGGCACGCAUGCUGAUCCAUUGUGUGUUGUUUGAAUCUAGAAGCAAGGCUCUCCCAGCCCGCCGUCGUCAGGCCGCGACGAUGCAAGCGAGACCAACUGCAGCCGCUGUGCUCAACCGAUCUUCGAGUGCACCUGCUUUGAGACCAUCCUCUCCCUCUCCGGGUUCGUUGCCCUACCAUACUACGCUGCCCGUGCCACCCCUGUGUGGUGUCCGCAAGGAGGGCGUCCUUUCGGUGUGUCGCUGCUAA